UUUUGAGAAGUUUGACAGUUUUUGAUGCAUUAGUAGGCUACAUGAGAUUUAUUGAUUAAAACGUGCAGAAAAUAGGUGCGUUGAGUGUGUGCCUGUAUUUCAGAAUUCCUUUAACAAAAAUAAAUAAAAUAAAAUCCAAUAAAACUACUGGCGUAAACUUAGACUCCCCCAUCUUUUUUGUGUUUGAUUUUAGAGUUUGCAAGGCUUAAGGUUUUCUAAAUAGGGGCCUUCUAACUUUACUAUUUCAGUUUGACUGCGUUUGAGUUUGCUAGAGUUUUACACUGGCAUAAAAACUAAUGCUGGACUGUUUAAAUGUCCUGUUGUGUAUUUCAGUGUGUAGUGCUGCGGUUGUCGUGCAGCAGGGACGUUAUCAGUGUGGAGCCUCAGUAGCGCAUCUGCUGUCGGACUGCAGCCUCGGAGCGGCGGCGGCGGCGGCAGCGCGCCUGCGCAGUGCAUCCAGGGGCUCGGUGGCAGUCGGUGCUGAAGUGGGGCGGAUGGCAGGAAAAAAAGCAGCGGAGAUGGACUUUACACCGCGGGAUUCCCGUUUGCGAUGCUGUUAAAUAAGCGUCGGAGCAUCGUGUCUUCAUCCCCGUUGCUCUAGGACGCUGACAACCCGACACGAAGCGAUGCCAUACAUUCACUGCCCCUCUUCACGUUCACAUCCAUAAAUGAUCCUUUUACCAAGAUCCAAGGAAGACUAGAGGGCACCGGCGAGAGCAGAAUACAAAGAAGGUGAAGGAAACAAGAGGAGGAAAGUCUUCAACAUCUCAGCUCAGCUUGUUUGUCUCUUUCUGUGCCACUCCGGUCAGGGAUGGUGACACAAGUAUCCUCUCUUCCCCGUGGUGAAAAGAACCCCCUCACCUUGACCUGCAUCUCCAGCAAGCCAAACAAACAGUCCGCUCGCCAAAAAAAGACACUCAGACAGCCCACUCGUCGGUCACUUUGUCAAACAGCUUGCARCAACCUAUUACCUCACGCCAUGACCGCUCUGUCUGACCUGUGUUUAUACACUCAUUAAUUCAUGCCCCACAGCGUGAGUGGAGUGGAGAUGAGAAAAAGGCAGGCGGCUCAUAUCGAGGCCCCACCCCAGGCCCCAGGACAGCCCCGACCUAACACCUGCUGCCUCUGUUGGUGUGGCUGCUGCAAAUGUCUCUGGAAUGAAGACAGGAUUGAGAGAAGUGAACACCAAACCUGCACCAAAAUGGACAGUAUUGAAGCUGCUGAAGAACAACGCCCCAGUUUAGAGGAAGUCCUGUCGUGGGCACGAAGCUUUGAGUUGAUGCUGCGCUCGUUGGAAGGCCGGGAGAUCUUCAGGGAGUUCCUGCGCUCGGAGUAUAGUGAGGACAACCUGCUUUUCUGGUUGGCCUGUGAAGAGCUGAAAAAAGAGGCGAACCCCUCGGUGGUGGAGGAGAAGGCCAGGAUUAUAUAUGAAGAUUAUGUCUCUAUAUUAUCACCCAAAGAGGUGAGCCUGGACUCACGGGUAAGAGAAGGAAUAAAUCAGAGUCUAGCGGAGCCCAGCAACCGGAUGUACGAGGACGCCCAGCUCCAGAUCUACACACUAAUGCACCGAGACUCCUUUCCUCGAUUCCUCAACUCCACCGUUUACAGAGACCUCCUGGCCAACAGGAGGCGCACCUGCCUCGACACCUAAACCUCUCCACCGUUCGUCAUUGCCAACAAGACUACUACUUAAAGUUCAAAUAUGGUGCCAGAAGUCAGGUUUGGGAAAGAAAAAGAAAAUCUCUCUUGCUCUGUUUUGGUUGACAAGACUGAAUAACUUUCAAAAUAGCUGGUUGUUUUGUUCUUUUAUUUAUAUUUUUUAAGCAAUUUAUAUCCAGUUGUCCACUGGAGACAGGUCGGCCUUUACUGGCUGCUUAUUGGUCAGUUUGAGACCAUUAAUGCUGGCCAGUGAUUGUUUCGAAAGCAAUUUUGUGCCGUUGGUUUCAGUUGGUCGACCGACUCGCGUCACUGUUGAAACGGCCAAGCUGACGGCCCGGCGUUGGUUAAUUGUGAAGCAGGACUCCUCAGGCGGUGAGGACAGGAUGAGAGUAAGAAAGGACAAACCCACUGUUCCUGUACUGUACUAUUUAAACCUCAUGCUCUUCACUCUCACUUUACAAAUCUGUCUAUAACACACUCUCACGCUUAUCUGUUGUUUUUCUUUUCCAAGUUGUGUUCCAUUCCUUAACUUUGUUUUGCCUUUUAUAUUUAUUCACUGUUCAGCCAUGACACCCUGUGGUUGGUGGGGAUUGGGGGAAUCUUUGCCUUUUUUCACCAGUAGAAGCAUUAGCUCUGCAUGCAGCUCUCUCUCUCUACUGUAGCUUGACGACAUAAGCCGCGGACUGCAACAGUUUUUGAAUUUUGAGAGGUAUUAAAGCAGGGGAGCUGGAUCUCUGUCUGACCACCAUGUUCAGUGAAGGGAACAAGUACUCCUCUGCCGAUUUGAAGCUUACUGCAGUCAUUUUUUUUAUUGAAGCCAUUUUUAAAGCUGCUGCUGUAGCGGCACAGCACCGACCAUCCGUCUAUCCAAAUGUUCAUCUAUCCGUCCAUUCAUUCGUUCGAGCGCUUUCCUCCGUUAGGAUCCUCUAACCGGGAGAAGUAGGAGCUAGAAUUGUGGUUGGGCAGCUACAUCUGUCUUGUUACUCGUGAACUUUAAAAACAACAACAACAACAAAAAUCUCUUCACGGAGAAAAUUGCGAUGCCUUUAUGUCUGAGAAGAAGGCAGCACAAGAGCUGCUGGAGAUUUUUCUGUGAAGCAACCGCAGUUUUGUUCAACAACUCCUACCUCCCAUCUGCUUCCCCCUACCCUCACCCCCACCUUAACCUCGGAUCACCCCAACCUGACGAGCACAGGUGUACAGUUUGGGCAAUACCACAACUUGAGGAAGAAAAAAAAAAGGAUACCAUAUUGUCUCAAAGAAUUGAGCAUUAUGGAAAGAUGGUUCCACUUGGGGAACAGUAGCAAACGUCCUGGGAACAGWUGUAAUCGAACGGGUUAUUAAAGUCUUUUUUAGUUGUAGACAUCGAAAGUGACGUAACAGUCAGGAGCAGAUUUGUGAACUGYGUGCCAAACAUGAUUUCAAAGAUGCUAUGGGGAGUUAUUUGAUUUGACUUGUCACCAGGCUGCAGAUACUCAGCCAUUUUGGUGGGUGGUAGUCACUCAGUUAGCUACUGCCUGUUCAAGACUUUCUUUCUUUCUUUCUUUCUUUCUUUUUUUUUUUAAAUUUUCUUAUUUUUUAUUUCCAGUGCUGACGAAGAGGGCUGGUGUAAUAAUGCCACCAUUCCAGGCUAGCAAAGACAUUUACAUAGUCAUGCGCUACAUAAGCCUUUUCAACAAAGCCAAAUGGGUUUAAGCAUGCUGUAGACAAGCGAAUAGCAUGCUUGUGCUAGCCAUGCCAAUCUUCCCUUCAACUGCCAGCCCUCACACACACACGGUUUAUUUUUCUAACCCAAACUUUAACAGCAUGCAGUCGUAGUGAACGUGUAUGUGAGAAAUUGCAGUAAUACACUCAACAGAAAAUAAAAAGACGAGUUGAGAGGUUUUUGCCAAAUGUCCCAUUAAUAAUUUUUAGCACAUAAAAGAAUGCUGUUUUUUUUAUGAUGUGAAUAUUUGAACAUGAACUUUGUUCCUGGCCUACGAAUCUGCAGUGGAAAGUGCAUGAGUGCAGUAUAUAUGCUGUUUUUUUUUUUAAUCAACUGAGCCCUUGUGUACAUUUAUUAUGCCAUUUGAUGGCCAGGUUGUUAGUUAGUGCAGUGUUAAAAGUGUCAAUGAAACAGUGCUGCUCUUCACUGAGAAAUGUAGACAUCUAUGUUCCCGCCUUUUUUAACUACCUGAAGUUUAUGUGCCAAGCUUGGUCUGGUUUUAAAUUAUGUUUUUAAAAAAAACAGACAACAGGUUGUUGAUGUGUAAUUGGUUUAGUCUUUUUGUUAUAGAUUACUUCUGGAUUGUUAAGUCAUGUAAAUGAACCGAAAACCAUUUCAGGAUUAACAAAAUGUUGUAAUUUCCACAGUUUAUGGCUAACUGUUAGCACCUGCACGUGUUUCUGGAGGAAUGAAACAAGCCUGUUGUGAUUCAUCAUGUCAAGAGGUUGAACCCAAUAAUUUCUCCACAGUUUUGCCAUGCUAAUUAUUAAGGAAAUAUCAUUUAACCUUUGGCAAUACAGCAUUUAGAGGCAGACUACAUUAAUAUCUACCAGGUAUUUACUGGUACUGCUUGGCUGCUUGAAUGGAGAGCUGUGCUUUUGCAUGCGCCCUGGUAAUCAGAGGCGGAGGAUUGAAAGUGAAGGUCAGUUUUCACAUUUACUCCUUGGAAAGGAUGUGUUCASAGAAAGGAAAAAAAAAAAAGCAUUUUAGAUCCUGCGUUUGGCUUCUCCGGGACUUUUUCACUGUCACUCAUGAAGCUCCCUCACUGGCAAAUCCCUCCUCUGCACAGUAUAGUUAUACCCUUGUGGUCUAUAUAGUAGUAACUAACACAAGAAUGUUUUACCAAGAACCAGAUAAUGAAAAUCAUGGUGCAAUCAAAGUAAGUUUACAUUUAUAAAUUGUGAGAAGUGUAUACCUUAUAUAAUACUUGUAACAGUGGGGAGAUGAACGCCAGCAGGUUUAAGGCCGGCACUCGUCUCCCGAGUUUCAA